AACCCACUGACUGUGAGAUCAUGACCUGAGCCGAAGUUGGACGCUCAACCGACUGAGCCCCCCAGGCGCCCCUACAUGGAGUGAUUUAGAUACACUGCAGCACAGUCUGAGUGCAGUGGAUCCAUUUGUUUGUGUACCUGAAACCAUGUACAACAUAUCUGCCUUGUUUCUGUGUGUGUGGCAUGUGGCUGGGUUGAACUGAAUGUCUGUGGGACUUGUGCACCUAAGUGUAAGGGGUGGAGCUCAGUCUCCAUAGCCCCCUGGGGAGUACUGGGGUGGAGAGAGGCAGGUGGGGAGGAAAAUGCUAAGGAGAAGUUUGGAAGCUUCAAACUGGUCAGACGACUUUGGGAAACCUGGCAGCAAGAGCCAAGAAGGGAGAGGAGAAGAUAGGCAGACAGAGGAACAGCUGGGGACUGGAGAAGCUGUGGGAUCACGGCUGUGGGAUGAAGCUGCUGCCCAGGUGGAGAGCACUGCUGCCUGUGGGUCCUUGGAACAGGGCCUGGCCGUGGGCACAGCAACCCAGAAGAACCGCUCACACCUGUGCCCCAAAGAUGAGGGCCCAGGAGGACCCCGAGGGCCAGACACAGCAUGAGUCCCUGGGCUCAGCAGGGACCUCCACGAGGGAUCCCACGAUGUCCCUGCCUACAGAACCCAAGUUUGACAUGUUGUACAAGAUUGAGGAUGUGCCACCCUGGUACCUGUGCAUUCUGCUGGGCUUCCAGCAUUACUUGACAUGCUUCAGUGGCACCAUUGCUGUGCCCUUCCUCCUGGCUGAGGCACUGUGUGUGGGCCGAGACCAGUACAUGGUCAGCCAACUCAUCGGUACUAUCUUCACCUGCGUGGGCAUCACCACCCUCAUCCAGACCACACUGGGCAUCCGGCUGCCGCUGUUCCAGGCCAGCGCCUUUGCAUUUCUGGUCCCAGCGAAAGCCAUCCUGGGCCUGGAGAGAUGGAAAUGCCCCCCAGAAGAGGAGAUCUACGGUAACUGGAGUCUUCCCCUGAACACUUCUCAUAUCUGGCACCCACGGAUAUGUGAGGUCCAGGGUGCAAUCAUGGUAUCCAGCAUGGUGGAGGUGGUGAUCGGGCUGAUGGGGCUGCCCGGGGCCCUGCUCAGCUACAUAGGGCCUCUCACGGUCACCCCCACGGUCUCCCUCAUUGGCCUCUCUGUCUUCCAAGCUGCUGGCGACCGAGCUGGCUCCCACUGGGGCAUCUCAGCUUGUUCCAUUCUCCUGAUCGUCCUCUUCUCCCAGUACCUGCGUAACCUCACCUUCCUGCUGCCUGUCUACCGUUGGGGCAAAGGCCUCACUCUCUUCCGCAUCCAGAUCUUCAAGAUGUUUCCUAUUGUGCUGGCCAUCAUGACCGUGUGGCUGCUCUGCUAUAUCCUGACCCUGACGAAUGUGCUGCCCUCAGACCCCACAGCUUAUGGAUUCCAGGCACGAACGGACGCCCGAGGGGACAUCAUGGCUAUUGCGCCCUGGAUCCGCAUCCCCUACCCCUGUCAGUGGGGCCUGCCCACAGUGACUGCGGCUGCUGUCCUGGGAAUGUUCAGUGCCACACUGGCCGGCAUCAUUGAGUCCAUCGGAGAUUACUAUGCUUGUGCCCGCCUGGCUGGUGCACCACCCCCUCCAGUACAUGCUAUCAACAGGGGCAUCUUCACGGAAGGCAUCUGCUGCAUUAUCGCAGGUCUGCUGGGCACAGGCAACGGAUCCACCUCGUCUAGCCCCAACAUUGGCGUUCUAGGGAUUACCAAGGUGGGCAGCCGGCGCGUGGUGCAAUAUGGUGCGGGCAUCAUGCUAGUCCUGGGCACUGUUGGCAAAUUCACCGCCCUUUUUGCCUCGCUCCCUGACCCCAUCCUGGGGGGCAUGUUCUGCACCCUUUUCGGCAUGAUUACGGCUGUGGGGCUAUCCAACUUGCAGUUCGUGGACAUGAACUCCUCUCGCAACCUGUUCGUGCUCGGAUUUUCCAUGUUCUUCGGGCUCACGCUGCCCAAUUACCUAGAGUCCAACCCCGGCGUCAUCAACACAGGCAUUCCUGAAGUGGACCAGAUUCUGACUGUGCUGCUGACCACAGAGAUGUUUGUGGGUGGGUGCCUCGCUUUCAUACUGGACAACACAGUGCCAGGGAGCCCAGAGGAACGAGGUCUAAUACAGUGGAAAGCUGGGGCCCAUGCCAACAGUGAGAUGUCUACCAGCCUCAAGAGCUAUGACUUCCCCAUUGGGAUGAGCAUGGUAAAGAGGAUUGCCUUUCUGAAAUACAUUCCUAUCUGCCCAGUCUUCAGAGGAUUUUCAAGGUCAAAAGCCCAGCAUCCAGUUCCAGAAGACACUCCAGAUAAUAUACAUACUGGGUCUGCGUGCACCAAAGUCUGAAAAAUUACUUCUAGGAAAGGAAGCAAGGUUUGUAAAAGGAAAAGAAAACUACAUGGGGAAUGAGAAGACCCUAAGAUGGAAUUCCAGCUCUGCUCUAAACUAACUUCCUAUGAAAGCCUGGAUAAGUCACUCUCUUUGGAACCCUAUUUCUGCAUCAGUUAGAGGAAGAAUUGGCCAAAGUCUUUAAGAGCCAGUAUUCUAGAUCUCUAAAUCUUGACUUUCCUAAGCAGACAUGUCAGACAUUCCACAACAGGUGGAAAUCUGCCUCCACCAUAGUUGAUAAAGAUGAAAAGAAAUCAAGAUGUAUUACAGGGCCUGAAAUGUCAGAAUACUGGUAGGCUUUUAGAUUGAAUAUGAUCCCCCUAUGCCACUUACUUCAUGACCAAAGUAUAUUAAAUAACAUCUUGAAGCAACAAUUUAAUAUUAAUUUUAUAAUUUAUAUACAGCCAUUUCCUUGGACAGGACAUACUCUCACUUCUCUCAAAGGAAAUCUAUCUAAACUUUAAAAGUGUGAAGUUUAAAUUAAAAAAAGCAUUGUUCUUGAAUGUGCAAUCUUUUGGCAGCUACAAAAGAAUGAUAAGGAAUUAACAUAAUCUCAAAUAGACCAAGAAGAACAAGCCAGUUUCUAGACAAUGAAAUUGUAUUGGGUCCAGAUUAAAGUUAUACAUUAUGACCAGCAAAGGACUUCACUCAUCAGAGCAACCAGGAUUAUUUGUGGAAUGACUAAUGUAGUCAUAAGCAAGCAUAUCACAACAAACUAUUGAGAUCACACAUCUGCUCAACUGGGUUGUCAUUUACUACAACAAAUCUGUACUACAAUGUAAAUUUCAGUGUUCUCCAUACAGCCCUUUAGAAGAAUGGUUCCCAAAUGCCUGAUGGGGCAGGCUGGCAGUAUGCCCUAGGAAUGCUUUUUAUGCCUAGACAACUGGUUUGCAAGUCUGGGAUCUAGCUAAGGGACUUAUUUUUGGUUUUAAUCCUUCACAGGUAAUUAUGAUAUAUCGCCAGGUUAGGAAAUCAAUGCACAGUGAACAAAAAAUAACUGCAAAAAAUAUUUGUGAAUCCAGGAGUAAAUCCCAGAGAACUAUAUUGUAAAAGCAAGUAGAGACUGUCAAUAUGGACAGAAAGGUCACCAUUAUGACUUUAGAUCAUUUUAUCUUACUUUUAGCAAACGAUUCAUCACGUUCUAUUCUAGCACUGAUGCCUAUUUAUCUUAAUUCCUGAAAAAAUUUACUGCAAAUGUACCUACCGUCCCCAGCAAUGAGACAUAGAGAGUAGGUAAAAAUGUAAAUAGGUUUUUGUUCCUUUUCUGCCAAGAGCUUGUAAAAGUCCAUAUGAAAUCCCAGUUCCAAAUGGAGUUAGGGUAACUCAAUGAAAAUCUUGGGGCAGGAAAAAAAAAAAAUCUCCAAAUUUUCACCUUUCAGAUAAAAAUGUGCAAAUUUCGCCAAAUGUUUAAGAAAAAAAUUAAUGAGCAAAACUUCUUCAUCAAGCUACUUUUGUAUAGGCAAGUCACAUGGACAUACCAAUAUCCUAGAGUAAUAUAGUUAUCAAAACUAAAAGUAGUGGCAAGAAGUCUGGUUAGCAGUCUCAGACUAGCUCCAGGGUGUUGCCAGAAGUCACUCUAAGUCAUAAGUGAGACUGAGAGGCCCCUGCUUCCAUAGAAAGAAGCAGUACAAUUUCUGAAGGGGAAGAAAUGUAGAACUCUUGUUAAACAGAUACUGCUGGCUUUUCCACUUAAGGGAAAGAUGAGCUAGUUUUUUAAAAAGAUGAAAAAUAACUUUUUACCACAA